AUGUUGGCACCGUCGGCGUCAGAUGAUAGUUCCGCUUCGAUGCCCAAUGCCGCCCUCGACAUGGCCUCCUCCAAAGAGGGCACACCAAUAUUUACCGACGGUAGCGAUAUCGAUGUCUGCGAAAUAUUCGACCUGUCCCCCGUCGCAUCCGCCAUCCUCUCCCCUACGUUUCAAAUCGUGCGCGCCUCGCGAAGCUUUCUUGCUGUCCUGGGGCUCGAAACGAAGAACUGCGUUGGCCGCGACAUUCUUGUCGCAAUCGAAGACCAGGUUCUUCUGUCCAACAACGAUCGCGUCCGUAUCAAGACUAUCUUGCAGGCAUCAAUCAACCUGCGUGCAGUACAGACACUGUCAGGACGCAACACCUCGACGGGCGCUGCCGUGACUGGCUUAGGCGUGGACCUGGCCUGGAGCCUCCGCACCAUCCCCGUAUUCCGCAACGAUGUUCCGUAUUCGGUGGUCUUGGAAUGGACACACACCCAGUCGACCUCGACCUCUCCCACAGUGGAACCCAUGCCGUCACUGCCCCCGACCGUGCCUCCUUUAACCGUUCCUCUUGCAGGCGAAGCGCAGUCGACAUUUAUACCAGAACCAGAUUAUCAUAGUUUGGCGAGCGACACCUCCAUCGACGAGGCGUUCGGCAUCCUUGUCCGUUCUGUCAAAGACUACGCCAUCUUCUUGAUCGACACCGAAGGCUACAUUAUGACCUGGAACGCCGGCGCUGAGAUGAACAAAGGCUACACCAAGAAGGAAAUCAUCGGCAAGCAUUUUUCCAUUUUCUAUGGCCCCAAGGACAUUGCCGACAACAAACCCCAGAGAGAACUGGAGGACUGUCUCCGCUAUGGCCGUAUCGAGGACGAGGGCUGGCGUUUCCGCAAGGAUGGGAGCCGGUUCUGGGCCAACGUCACCAUCACGGCCAUCUACAAGGAUGGAGUGCACGUGGGAUUUGGCAAGGUGACCCGCAACAUGACGGAGCGCCGCGCCGCCGAGGUCCGAGUGCUUGCCGCAUACGAGGAGAGCGCAAAGCUGAAGUCUGAUUUCGUCGCCAACAUGUCCCACGAGAUCCGCACGCCGAUGCACGGCAUGCUGUCGGCAUGCAGUCUGCUCCUUGACACUGUGUUGACACCCGAACAACGCGAAAUUGCGAGCAUCAUCGACGAAUCCGGCCAAGUACUGUUGCAUGUCAUCAACGACAUCCUGGACUAUUCCAAGCUCGCAUCUGGCAGCUUCUCAAUCCAUACCGACAUAGUCGGCAUCGGCAGUAUUGUCACAUCGGUUGUUCGCAGUAUCGAACCGACAUUGCAGCCGGACGUCCGACUGCAGUUGGCACUUGCCAGCGAUUUGCCUCGAGCUGUGCAGGGAGACCCACUACGAUAUCGUCAAAUCGUACAAAACAUCGUUGGCAACGCCAAAAAGUUUACAGAUAAGGGAAUUAUCCGAGUGGCCGUAACUGUUCAGGACCAAGACGAAGACACCUUCACCAUACACACCAGAGUCACGGACUCUGGCAUCGGAAUUCCAAAAAACGCAUCUCACAGCCUCUUUAUGCCAUUUACGCAGGUCGACACCACAACCAAGAAGAGGUUCCAGGGCACAGGGCUUGGCUUAUCCAUUUGCAAGUCUCUUGUCGAACUGAUGGGUGGCACCAUUGGGUUUACACCGAAUCCAGACGGGCACGGAUGCAUUUUCUGGUUUUCCAUCAGGUUCCUGAAGAUCAAGAGCCUGUCCCAACUGAACAUGACCGACGUGGAAGUGAAGACCAAUAAGCGGCUUUCACACAGGGGCGCAUUGACGCCGCCAGGGCAAGAACUGGCACAAUUCGAGCUUGAAAAGGCACAGACCAUCCCACCUCCGCUAGAAAGAAUUGCCAAGAAGGUCGGCCUGUCAAAGGCCGAAGUGGCCUCGGGCUCGGGCUUCGAUCUCAUCGAAGAUGAUGGAGAUACCAGUCCUCUGCCGGGUGGAGAAAUUGUUUUGUCUCCCGAGGUGUCAUCCGAUUCAGUACAGUCAGACUUUUCAUCACCAAUAACUACUCCGCCGAACGAAGGAACGUCGCCGCCUCCAGCGGAAGCACCCCUUCCCGAAUCGAAAGCAUCGCCAGUCUCAAACGUGGACAACUAUAGCACGCCCCAGUCCCCGCAAUCCCCAGCUGAAACCAUCACGCCCAUAUCAUCCACCUCCUUACCCGCCCUCACCAUCCCUCUCAUGGAUCUUUUAUCUUCAUCAACCCGCGGUAACAAGUCUAUUGACCUGAGCACUCUACCCGAAGAUCCUCAAGCUCGACUUCAAAUCGAAUUUGAGCAAAACGUUGCUCUUUUGCGCAAACGUGCUCCUGGAAAACGUCUUUUGGUUGCAGAAGACAACACCACCAACCAACGUAUCCUCCUCCGCAUCCUUGCCUCAUUCGGCUUCGAUACAGAUUGCGUCACUGUUGCCUCGGACGGGUCACAGGCCGUCAAACAUGUUAUCGAACGACCCAAAGAUUUUGACCUUUGCUUCAUGGACAUUAGUAUGCCUGUGAUGGACGGUCAUGAGGCUACAGUACAGAUCAGAAAAAACGGUAUUCAGCUAGCAAUCAUCGCCAUGACAGCGUACGCCCUGAAGGGUGACCGUGAACAGUGCCUGGCGUUCGGCAUGGACGACUACAUUUCCAAGCCUGUCAACAAACGCGUGCUGGUCGACAAAAUCCUGACUUGGCUUCCUGCUUGA